AUGGAUGACAUUGCUCCUUUCCAGGUUGCUGCUCUCAGCGCCCUUGUGGCCUGUGUUUCUGCAGGAGGUCACGGUCUCGGCUACGGAUCUGGCUUGGGUUAUGGUGGCGGUCUCGGCUACGGAGCCGGCCUAGGUUACGGUGGCGGCCUUGGGUUUGGAGCCGGUCUAGGCGCUGGUGGUCUCGGAUUCGGAGCCGGUCUAGGCGCCGGUGGUCUUGGAUUCGGAGCAGGACUCGGGGGCGCCGCUGGCCUCGGCCUUGCUGCUGGACUCGGUGCUGGAGUAGGUGUCGGAGUUGGUGGCACCCUCGCCGGCGGUGGCGUGGCCAGCGCUCCACGCCUCCUUGGCGUCGGCCCAGCUAUAUCUGAAGGAGUUGCCACCGUCUCCGUCGUCAGGCAACCAGUCGUCCAGCAGCACCAUGUCACUCGCCAGGUGGUCAACUACGUCAGGGCUCCCGUGACCACUGUGUCCCACAAUGUGAGGCCAGUUGUCUUCAGCCAGGCCGGCGGAUUCGGAGGCGCUGGUGGUCUUGGCGGCGCUGGCCUCGGUUUCGGUGCGGGACUCGGAGGACUCGGCGGCUAUGGACUUGGCGGCGGUUACGGCCUCGGAGGUGGUCUUAAGGGCGGUUAUGGCGCUGCCGGAGGAUACGGCAAGGGAUGGUAG